UUCAUACGUGUUCCGUUGACUUGAGCUACCAUACCUCUCGUGCACUAACUGUGAUGCUAAUGCAAACCUUUGAAUAAUAAAACGGUUAUUUGAGGCGAAAGAGGCCGUUAGUCCUCUUGGUUAGCAAGCUAGGAAAGGUAUGUUAUCGUUAAGAAAAGGUUAAUAGCUUAGCUGCAAUGUAACAGAUACUGUAAUAAGUGAUCAUUUGUUGACUUGGAAAGGUGAGUAAUUCACUGUCAAUAUCGCCUGUUUUUAUAUCCGUAUUAAAUCUAGCUAAUAUCUAACGUUAGCUGUGCUAAAUGUUGUUAUUUGCCCCAGACAGCACAGCUUUACAUCUUCUACAUAACACCCAGUUAUUAGCUAUUUUGUAAUAUAUUAUCAAACGUUGGGUAGUGUUAUAUUAGACUAACGUCACGUGGUUUGGAAGCGGGUCUGGUCCAGUUUAUUAAAGGUUUCAUUUCCUAAUGGCAAAGGAAGAAUGCUUUACACAGUUGAACACAACAGGGGACACUUCAACACUGCGAAACAGGAAACACUUCCCCACAUCAGCAAAGCCCCUCCAAAGGACAACAAAGGACAAAGACAGUCCAACUGCUGGAUACUGGCCAGAAGAUGUCACUCAGUCUUCAAAUGGGACAUCAGGAAACUUCAGUAAGGAUCCCCAAAGCAGUGGAGUGCUGCUGAUGCUGGUGGUGGGGCUGUCUUUCUCCACACGCCUCUACAAGAUAACAGAGCCCCCUCAUGUGUGCUGGGAUGAGACGCACUUUGGAAAGAUGGGAAGCUACUACAUCAACAGGACCUUCUUCUUCGAUGUCCAUCCUCCUCUUGGAAAAAUGCUGAUCGGUCUCGCCGGUUACAUGACGGGUUAUGAUGGCACCUUUCCUUUCGUAAAGCCAGGAGAUAAAUAUGAACACCACAUCUACUGGGGGAUGAGAGGAUUUUGUGCCGUGUUGGGCUCCUUUCUCCCAAUCUUUGCCUACCUCAUAGUGCUGGAGUUAUCUCAGUCGUACACUGCUGCUCUCAUCACUGCCACCUUGCUCAUAUUUGACACCGGCUGCAUCACCAUUUCCCAGUACAUCCUGUUGGACCCGAUGCUACUGUUCUUCAUCAUGGCAGCUGUGCUGAGCAUGGUCAAGUUCAACCAGCAGAGGCCUUUCUCUUGGUACUGGUGGCUGUGGCUGGUACUGACUGGUGUGAACCUUGCUGGGGCAUUGGGGGUGAAGUUUGUGGGUCUGUUUGUCAUCCUGCUAGUGGGGCUGAACACAGUCUGGGACCUCUGGAGACUUCUGGGAGACCUGAGCCUCUCACUGGUGGACAUUACAAAGCACUUCCUGGCUCGUGUUGUCGGACUCAUCCUGCUUCCACUCUUCCUCUAUGUUACAAUCUUUGCCGUCCACUUUGUUGUGUUGAACAAAAGUGGACCGGGUGACGGCUUCUUCAGUUCAGCCUUUCAGUCCCGACUAAUUGGGAACAAUCUACACAAUGCCUCCAUGCCUGAGUACCUGGCUUAUGGCUCCACCAUCACAGUAAAAAACCUCCGUAUUGCUGGAGGCUAUUUGCACUCUCAUUGGCACUUGUACCCAGAGGGAGUGGGAGCAAGGCAGCAGCAGGUGACAGCAUAUCUCCAUAAGGACUACAACAACUUGUGGCUUGUUCACAGACAGGAUCAUAAUGAAUCUCAAUCUGAGACACCUGAUCUGGUUCGUCAUGGUGACAUCAUUCGACUGGAGCACAAAGAAACAACUCGUAACCUUCACGGUCACCUCCACGAGGCUCCUCUGACCAAGAAACACUUCCAGGUCACAGGCUACGGCAUCAAUGGCACAGGCGACACCAACGACCUGUGGCAGGUGGAGGUGUGUGGAGGCCGGAAGGGAGACCUGGUGAAGGUGCUGCGCAGCAAAGUCCGCUUUCUGCACCGAGCCACCGGCUGUGUGCUGUACUCGUCUGGAAAGACUCUCCCAAAGUGGGGCUGGGAGCAGGUGGAGGUGACCUGCAGUCCCUACUUGAAGGAGACUCCGAGCUCUCAGUGGAACAUUGAAGAUCACAUCAACCCCAAAUUGCCCAACAUCAGUCUGUCUGUGCUGAAGCCCCAUUUUCUGGAGAUCCUGCUGGAGUCCCACAUUGUUAUGAUCAGAGGUAACAGUGGCUUGAAACCCAAAGAAAAUGAGAUGAACUCCAAACCCUGGCAUUGGCCCAUGAACUACCAGGGCUUGAGGUUUUCUGGAGUGAAUGACACAGAGUAUCGUGUUUACCUGCUGGGGAACCCUGUGGUGUGGUGGAUGAACCUGGCCAGUUUGGGAUUGUAUCCUAUCAUGGUGGCAGUGGCGUCUAUAGCCCUCCAAAGAGGUUUCUCAUUGGGCCAAAAAAGAAUAGAGCAUGCUCUUGUGCUUAUGAGAGAAGGAGGACUGCUGCUCCUUGGUUGGCUGCUGCACUAUGCACCUUUCUACACAAUGGGGCGUGUCCUCUACUACCACCACUACUUCCCUGCAAUGCUCUUCAGCAGCAUGCUAACAGGAAUCACAUUUGAUGUUCUGUUGAAAAGCACUGACCUGCUGCUCCACCCACCGUAUUCUGAUUGGCUGCAGAGACUCGGGCAGGUGGUGGUUCUGUUCAGUGUUCUUUACAGUUUCUACCUGUUCCAUCCUCUCUCGUACGGCAUGACGGGUCCUCUGGCACACGAGCCGGGCAGCGCCAUGGCUGGCCUGAAGUGGAUGGACUCCUGGGAGUUCUAGUCAAGAAGACACUAAUAUUGUUAUGAACAUGAGGGACUUUGUCUCACCAACUUAUGGUUUCACAGUGUUUACAUAAGUAAGAUCAUUUUCAUAAGGUACUGACAGCACACACUGCUAUCGAAUCUCGACCUGUCCACGUAUUUAUGUGUCUCAACAUUUUCAAGUAUUGUAGUCUAUAAUGUGUAGAGAGUGCUUCAUGAAACUGAACCUGAAUUAGUGCAAUAUGGAAGCCAGAGUGUUGUUGAGUAUUAAGAGAGUAAAGUUCUCAACACUUCUCAUCACCAAGCUGCCUUAACUCGCAACACAUCUUACAUCUUGGACUUAUAUGUGUGUAUGCUGUAUGUCACAGUGAUAUAAGCUAAAGUGCCUGAAAGGAAGUAACGAAAAAAAAAGUGCAGAUGUUGCAAGAAAACACUUUUUGUUACAUAGUAAUAGGCUAUCAGAGACUGUAUUUUCAUUUGAGAUUGUCUUGGUCUUAGUGCCCGGUAUUUUUAUAUUGUAUUGUCCAGUACUAGCCUCUGUUUUUACAUUGUAAGACUACAGACUCUGUGUCAUGAACAUUUCAGUUUGAUCAUUAAACGGAGAUAUUCUUGUA